GAUUUUUUUUCCCCCUAAACACUGUUCUGAAGCUGCAUGCUGUGGGAACCAACUCUCGCUGAAUAAUAAUGCUCUGCUUCCGAUGUUUUCCUGAGUGGCAGUUUUCUCGAAUUUGUUUUUCUUCUCCUUGAGACAGUUAAGAGGCCAACAUCGUAAAUGACCUGCUUGUCUUGCGCUUUUGGGAUAGUAAUGUCUUGAACUUGAAAACUCUUGUGAUUCCAGAAGCUGAGAGAAAAUAUACUUGAUUAAAAGAACUGACAUAAUUUAGAGCAUUCAUUAUUCAAGUGAUAAGUAAAGGAAGUUUCCAAAGACAAAAAGCCAUGCUGACUUUAUUAGCAUUCUUAUAUUUUCAAAAAUUUUUCCAGUGUGAAGCUAGUUCCAUCAUAACGGCAAUCGAAAAUUCUGGAGCAGAAUGCCGUAACGAACGACAAAUCUAUCUUCCUUAUGAAGUUUUUAGAUCUGAUGCUUGUGCACGUUGUUACAAAUAUAUGCCUACUGUAGCUUUCCGCUUCAAACUGCAUUACACAAGAGAGCUUGGCACUCUGUAUGAUCCUCUACUAAAUACUACUCACCAUGUUGAUCCGUUCAAUAUCAGUGAAAUGAUACUGAACACAUUUGCCGAAGAAUCAUUUGCUGAAAAAUGGAUAGCUUGUUGCAGAGCAGCAUGGGAUUGCUGCAAUGUCAUGCUCAAAUCUCCUACAUUAUUGACAGAUACUGUGUAUUGUCCACGCACUUGGGAUGGGUGGCAAUGUUGGCCCGAUACUCAAGCGGGAAAAAUGGCAGAAUUGCCCUGCCAGGAACAUAUCUAUUUCGAAAAUGGACCACCUUCGUGUACAAAAUAUGCUCAUAAAGAAUGCCUACCCAACGGAACCUGGUACAGAAAUGAAAACAUGAGGGAAUGGACAAAUUACACAACAUGCGGCAAAAGAGAAGAACAUCGUCAGUAUUUAUACUUUCAUAUUGCUACUUACAUAGUUUCCAUCAUUUUCAUUGUUCCAGCUCUUACUAUAUUUCUGGCAUACAAACAACUGCAAGUUCCUCGCAUUACAAUGCAUAAAAACUUCUUCCUAUCAUUGUUACUCAAAGGUUUGUUUUCUGUGCUUUUCAAAUCGAUAGUCAUUGCAGAUGAGUUAAGGCGGACAGAAAACUAUGAAAGUGUGAUGGACAAAAAUGGCGCAGGCUGUAAAUUUUUGUUCAUUUUGACAAAGUAUUUUCGGAUGACAAAUUAUAUGUGGAUGUUUUGCGAAGGGUUCUACUUACAGAAACUCAUCGCAGCAACUUUUGCCGAACAAAGAAAUCUUAUCAUGUUCUACAUUAUUGGAUGGGCAUUACCAGUAGUGCCCGUAGGAAUAUAUGCUAUUUUACGUGCCACUCUCGAAGAUGACAAAUGUUGGGCUUUUCCUGUAGAAAUGUUUGAGUGGAUUAUGAAUGUUCCUAAUUUGCUGAGUUUAUUAGUUAAUCUAUUCUUUCUCUGCAAUAUUUUACGAAUCCUCGUCACAAAGCUACGAGCUACACAUGCGCAAGAGCCAAGUCAAUACAGAAAAGCUGUUCGUGCAACUUUAGUUCUAGUUCCCCUAUUUGGUCUCCACUUUUGCCUAGUAAUUUACAAACCACACUCGGGAAAGUGUGGCCUUUUACAGGCUUACACUUAUUUCAGCUAUGCAAUGGAUGGAUUACAGGGUUCUAUGGUGGCACUUAUAUUCUGUUAUUUAAAUGGAGAGGUCCUGUACUUGUUAAAAAGAAGCUAUCAACGAUAUAAGUUACAUAAUCAGUUUCGAAGUAGGAAGAAUAGUGGAAUUAUGAGAAGAUGGUCGACAACACUUUCUACAAUGAAUGAAAGUCAAAAUCACAAUUCCCAUCAUAGAACUAAGUCUUUUGACCAUAAAUCAAAAGAAAUAAUGAAUCAUACACGCAAAACUAACACCAAUGAGGGGCAUAAAACAUGAGGUGUUAUUUUUACAUAGGGAUAUAUCAUAAUUAUCUACAUUUAAUUCAUUUGUGUGUGUGUUUACUAUGAAAAUUUUUACAUACUUCCAUUUAUACUUUCAAACAUUAGCAUGUUAUGAGUAAUAUUUAAAACAUUUUUUAAAAAAUCAGUACAACAAUUUGUAUUUUAUGAAAUGUUUAAUUAUACUUAUGAUAUAUUAACACAAAAUGUCCACUUCAGUUAAUAAAAAACAAAAUAAAUAUAAAUUCCAUUUGAAAAUGUAAUAUACUUUCAUACUAAAUAAAAUGCAACAAAUAGAAAACAAAUAUGAACUAGUUAUGAGUGAUUCACUAUAAUUCAUUCAUAUUACAUCAAAAGCAUUUGAAAAUAUUAUUGCUACGUCAGAAGAAGAACAUAACUGAUAUAAUGAUUAGUUUCUACUCAUUUAAAAGUUGUUUGGCAUUCAAAGUAAUCAAACAAUAAAUAUUUUCAUUUAUAA